UUUAUGUUUUCUUUGAUAAGGCAGUAAUUGGUGGAUGUACCUGCAGCCUUAGUGAAGAGCCGGCCGUCUACGGCAUUAUCUUAAUAGAAAACAAAGGAAUCUUACACAAAUGGCAUAGGAAAAUUCUUGCCAUGGUAUAUACGUGAAAACCUAAAAAUUGACCACCUCGGAUUUUUCGUGGUUGUACAAUAAUGGGUGCAAAGUUCUCAGACCAUCAAGAAUUAAUCCUCAGCUCUGAAUAUAAGUUUUAGAUUCCAUGGAAAAGUACUUUUGUUUCAAGCAGCAGGAAGAUAUGGCUGAUACUUUGGUUUGUGUUAGACGAGUGAAGCAAGAAGCAUCCGAAGAGUGGGAUGAGAGCAUGCCAUUGCCAGGAGACAUAAUUGAAGGGUUUGCUGAGAAUAACGCAGAUGAGUUAUUUGUGCCAGCUAAAGCCAAGUCUGAUCUGAGUUCGCAGCUUGGAAAGAUUAGCCCGCAGACUGAGACAGUAUGGUUGAAGGUUAGAAGAGGUGAGAGGACGCUGAAGCUCCGUGCCAGAGUAAUGCCAGAUAAGAGCGCAGUGCUACAGAGAAGAUUCACCAUUAAAGCAGCCAAUGAUGAUAGGCAUGUUGCAGUUUUAGGAGACUUGACCUUGGAACAAUGCACAGAGCUACAAGAAAUGAGCAGGAAAGUAGUGAAUAUGGAUUCCUGGGCAUUUAGCAAGCGGGGAGUGAAGUAUGACUGGAAGAUGAAAGUUGAUAACUAUCUACCGGACCAGCGAUCUAGUGUUGUUAGUUCUAUUCUGUUCAUGCCUCUACAAGGUGAACACAGCAUUGAAGCCACUACAGGCAGGUGCAUGGCCUGGUUUUCAGCAGCAGUUUCUUCAGGAGCUCCUAUUGUGUUUGUCAAUAUCCAAACAGAACAGACUCUAAAUGUGGAGAAAACUUUAUGCACUGGCAAAGAAUUGAGUUGGGGGGGGCAGAAAAGCAAUAAUACACCUGUUCAGAUAUUGCAAGGGAUAAGACUAUGGUUUCUACCUGGAGUUGCAGAAAUUCUGCUUGAAAUGAUACCAGAACCUGGAGAAACUCGUUUUGGAAUGGACAUCAAACGAAUUGAUGAGGGCUUUAUUUGUGUCUGCUCAGUGACAAAAGGUUCAGCAGCUGAACGUGCUGGCCUUAGCGACCUAUUUGAAGAGGCAAAUAAAGUCGGCCACCUACUUGUGAUUUCUCGAUUAGAAGGAAAGAGCCUAAUGCCUUCAAGUGUCUGCUCGAUGGGGCUUAUACACUGUUGUGAUCAAAAUGAAGUUAAGGACACUCUCAUUUCUUCCAUUGACGAAAUGGAUUCAAUUCAAAUCCACCUCAUGGCCUGGCCUAACCAGACUCAUUCUAGCAACACUAAAGCAAAUGGUGUUGCACACCUUCAACCUCCAAAGGGUCUUUGACAAAUUUACUCUUAUUAUUUUGCAAAAUAACCAACUUCAACCACUGGAAUCGGGAGGGAAAUGUCAUAUGACUGGUCAUAUCAGCAAGGGAAGGAAUAAUGUAUGCAAUUUAUUGAACUCCGGAAGAAUUACUAGUAAAGUACAGUAAUAUGCAAACCAGAGGUUAUAGUUGUAUGCAAACAUGUUUGGAUUCUGAUUUCUGAGUUUAAUUGGACAAGCUGAUGGUGUUCUGUAGCUUAGAUUGUAUAUGAAACAAGAGGAGGUUAUUGAACAUUCUGCCUCCAACCACUUUGCCUUUUUUUAA